CAAGAACAGCUACUGCUAAUGCCGCUGCUGCUAGUAGAGAGUCACUGAAUGAGCAGGAGAGGGUUUUUUUUACACAUUUACCACCUCGGGUUUGGCUGAAUGAUGAGGAAGAAGGGUAUAUCCCUAAGGUGAACUAUGGCACUGACAAGCUGUCCACAACCAGCGUUGAUUGCAGAUUCCAUUCUCAGGGACUGGGUGGUGAUUGACUCUGGAGGGUUUGGACAAAUCCACAAAGCCAGGCAUCAGCAGUGGUGCUGCGAUGUGGCUAUUAAACUGCUUCAUUAUGAUGACGGGAGCAGUUCAUCUUUGCUGCAUGAGGUCAGCAUGAUGCGUCAAGGGAGCAGCCCAUAUGUUAUUCAGGUCCUUGGGAUCUACCAGGGUCGACCGCCUUCCUCUGGGCCUUCAAAGCAGCUCGGUCUGGUCAUGGAAUUCAUGGAGAGAGGAUCAGUGGCAUCUUUACAGAAGAACUUAGGUGGAGCUCCACCGUGGCCACUGGUCUGCAGGCUAGCCCAUGAGGUGGCGCUGGGUAUAAACUUCCUCCACAGUCUCUCCCCUGCCAUGCUCCACCUGGACCUGAAGCCCAGUAAUGUACUUCUGGACAGCCAUCUCAAAGCUAAACUUACAGAUUUUGGCCUAGCCCAGGUUUACCAGAGCGCCACACGGGCUUCCAAGAAGAACUGCAAAGAUGAAGGGGGGACAAUCAGCUACAUGCCACCGGAAGCAUUUAGCUUAUCGUACAGCCCCACAAAAGCCUCUGAUAUUUACAGCUAUGGCAUCCUACUGUGGUCCAUUGUCACGGGGAAACAACCAUAUCCAAAUGCACUGUCCAGUGUGGUGCGGCUUCGAAUUCCCCGGGGAGACCGUCCAUCGCUGAAGGAAAUCAGCUGCCAGGCUACAGGGUGUGCGGGACUGACAGGACUGAUCGAACUUAUGGCGACGUGCUGGGAGGAACGAGUCGACAAAAGGCCAACCUCCCGUGAGUGUACAACUGUAACAGAAGAAGUGUUUAAGAUGCACAAACAUGCAGUUGUUGAUGCCGUCCAUCAAGUGUUGAAGAGACUGGACCAAAAUGAAGAAGAAAGAAUAACUGAGCAAUUUCAGAGAGUUCAUAUCACUGAAGCUGCAGCACACGCCGGAGUGGGAGCUGGGAACAUUUAUGAUAGUGUGCCCACAGGACGCCCACCGGUUCAGGAAAUGGCUGGUGAUUGGACUACAAAUCAAAGGGACAAAGCAAGAGCCAAAGACUAUCCUUCACCUCAGCACUCAAGUGUGCAUCAUGUUGACCAAACCCACUCAUCGAAGGACCACAGAUUGAAAGUAUCAUCUGUUCAUCCCAUUGCAUCGUCACCAUCAUCUCCUUUGAUAAGGUCACCUCAAGCCAGAACAAAAGCUCCCCAGGCGGCUUUUAGGGAAAACCUCUUUCCACAGUACCAGCGUCAGCAUUCCAGUCCUGACACUUUACGCUGCGAUCUGCCAGUCCCACGUACAAUCAGCAUUAAUCUCAGCCACGUAAAUGGAGUUCAGUGUGGCAACAACAACACCAUGUACAUCUCCGCCCCAGACCCCUUAGAGAGGAAACGGCACCCAACAGCACCAUCUAGUGUUAACAUCCCAGGUCCACGUUCAGGAAGCUGGAAUGACAAGAAGUCAGGAGCUGACUGAGUUCACAUCGUGCUUCUCAAGUUCUCUUUUCUUUUACAGUUCUCUGUAUUUGGUUUAUUCUGUCUUUCACAACCAAAGUGUAUUUAAAAGAAACUGUGUGAAGACUUAGCUGGAUUGUAUUUUUAUGACUAAUUUUGACUAUUCAGAUGUUCUCAUACCAUGUGGGCUUUUCAAAAAUAGGUUUAGGUAUUUUUAUAGUCUAUUUAUUCUGUUUCUUUUGUCUGGAUAUUUUUUUGGGUGAGUUUUGUUUUUACACCAAAAUCUCACAUCUUCCUUUUGCCCUGUCAGCAGUGACUGAGCCAGUUUUGGUUUUUCUCCAACUACAGUCAAAUAUCCACAGUUGCAAUGCAAGCCCACCAUCAGGUACCAAAAAGUUACCUUUACAGCACACUGACUAAUCAAAAGAGGUCAGUACGUAAUCAGUGUUACAGGGAUUGCACUAUUCAAACCCAGGGCUUUUAAAAGAUGUCAGGUGUGUGGCUAAAAACAGCAAAUCCUAGUAAUAGAAAAAACUUUUCAUACACAGACAAAGCAGCAAAGGCGAUCUUCAGAUACCAAACAGGCUAACUAGUAUGUGUAAAAAGAGAAGCAGGAAAGCAAUGAAUAAAAAUGAAUGUGUUGUGAUUACAAAGUUAUACAGCUUGUAGGUCUGCAGACAGACUAUCAGGCUGAUGGCAAAAGUCCAAAGACAUGCAUCUUUGGUUAACUGACUCCAAAUUGCCCCUAAGAGUGAGCCUUGUGAUAGACUGGCAACCCAUCCAGAGUGGACCCUGCCUCUUGCCCAGUGUCACCUGGGAUUAACUCCAGUCCCCUCGUUAGGAUAAGCGGUACAGAAAAUGGAUGGAUGGAAACUGUUUGUCACAGAGCUCAUUUUCUGCAAUAACCCAAAAGUCUAUGAGAAAAUCCCUUUGGCUUUUUGCCAAAGAGGGAACCAGGCUGGUGCUAACUUCUGGGUGGCCUACAAAAAUACAUCAUCCACAUCUGAAUUGAUGCCAGCAUGAAGAGACGGAAUGCUGGAUUGAAAUAUUUCAAUCAGUCGAAGCAUGAUGCAGCGUCAGUGAAGUGCUGGAACAAGCAUGCAUUUGAUAUUCCUGUCACGUUUUGCAGUAUGCAAAGAGAAUUCCUUUAUCUUGAAGGCUGGUGUUAAUAUAUUUUUGCUAUUAACAAAUCAUGUGUAAAUCUGUCUCAAUUAGUUGACUGUUUACAGUGCUGUAUUAUCACACAUUUGAUGCUCUGCUGCUAUUUGUGGAAACACAACAGUGUACAGUAUGUGGGACUGUCUUCCAAAUUACCUACAGUGAACAACAAUGGAGCUUUUUGGCACAGAGUGAUGAGAUACAUCACGCUUUGGAUUCACAGACAGUACUUGUUAAUAGGACUGUGUCAUUGUUGGGUUUUGGCUUUUCAUGAAAUGUGUUGACAAAAAGAAAACUGUGAAAAAUCACCAGGCUUUAACCCUGAAGGUAUUUAAAUGAAAAUAAAAAAAUAAAGAAUCGGGUAAUUUUAACUGCUAAAGAAUAGUACUGUUUACUAUGAUUCUGAUCAUUUAAUAAAUUCAACUGUA